UCUGAGCUAAAAGUUGCUAUCCGCCUUCAGCUACGAAAAACGCAAAAGCUGCUUGAUCUAUUGGAUUUCUAAAUCUAGAAUUGGAUCUAGAUCUAGUCUUUGUUACAUAAAAAUGUAUCUUUUAAAUUAGGUUUGCCCAAUGCGACAACAAUAAUACAUAGAACGGUACAUAGAUCUACCAGAAUCAACUUAAAUUCGCCAGGCUUGUCAUGGGAUGUUGGAGGUGCUCUCAGCUUACAUGAACUAAACUGGCUCCUGUACCACAAACUCAAGGCACCGGGUGCUAAUGGAAAUUCUUCGACUGCCCCCGGAGAUAAUUGAGAAUAUCUUUCUCCAUCUGGACACCCAAACUCUGGCAUCAUGUGCACUGGCCGACUCCCACUUGGCUGACAUUGUCUACUCCUCCCACUUCCUGGAUGAGUACUGUCGAACAUCGCUCAACUGCUCAUGGAUAACAUCUGCUGAUAUUUACAAUGCUCCUACAGCUGUGCCUUACGAGUUUUGGUUUUGGCUCUACACAACAAUGAAGUUAGAAAAUACUGGUGAAACAAAUCUGAUAUUUCACAACAAACAUCUCACAAAAAUUGGCACUUUCCGGCAUAUGUUCAUCAUGUGGCUGAUGUGUGGUCUGAGGCCGAGCUUCAUGUACUCUCACACAUUGAUGUAUGAGCUCUACCCACUCCCUGAGACAGUGACUCAGCUCUAUCAGCAAACCAAUCACCUGUCCACAUCAGUCAAUGAUGUGCUGAUGAAGAUCUUCUUGGCACUUCCAGAAAUUAUGGAGCUCAGCUGUUGCAGCUUGGAACUACUGAAGAUGCAAUCAGGCUACUGUACCAGCCUGUAUAUGGAUAUUGUAUGCAAUGAUGGCAUUCAGCCCAAACUGCCUUUGGAUUUCACCACCUUGUUUAGCAUAGAAAUCAUCUCCUCUCCCCUUUUUGGCAAGAACCCAUCACUGCUUAUUCUAAUUGGCAGUGAGACAUGGAUAAUGUGGCUAGGAUUUUUAAAUAUUACUUUUGAUCACAACGAGACAAGUAUAGUGGAAAAUCUGUUCUGCAAGUACUUUAAUAAUGAGGCCAACAUUAUAGAUAUUCAGCUAACGGCUAAGGCAGCUGUCCAAGAUUUGAAUAGUUUUGUCUACAGCUUAAGAAAUGGGUCACCUUGUCCAAUUAUUUCUGCUGACCAUCCAGAUAUGGCGACUGUGAACAUUUUUUUGGCACAGGAACACCACCGCAGUUUGCAGCAAGCAUUUGGUUUGGCUCUUGAUAAGCACUGUUGUCACCUGAUCAAGUCUGUCACUUCUAAAAACAGAGGUGACGCUCACUGCAAGGAGGCCAUGAUGGAUGUCUUCAACAUCAAGCUUUGUGAGAAUGCUCAGAUCAAUGAGUAUAUUCUGAAUGUCAUCAACGUCGACAAAACCAACGAUCUGCGGCAUUUGUCGUUCAUCAUCUACAAAUGUGUUCUGGAAUGCGUGGCUUGUCUUUUUCGCAACGAGAUACAUUUCUGUGUCGAAGACAGCUUCUGCCAUUCCUUUCUCUGCGGCUGCCUGGGACCACCUUUUAAAAACACGGACUCUGAAAGUGUUGAGACUAAACUUGAGAAGUGUUUGGCGGAAAAGAUGAAAGAUGGGCUGUACCCUCCCCAGAUGUGGCCUGCUCAUGUCCUGUCUGCGGCACGUCAAGUGGUUCCUGUCUUAACUGAGCUCUUGGAAAUGGACAUUAUGAUGGUCACAUCCAGAAGCAUGAAAUGUGUCAUUCCGAAAUUAGUUUUAAUGAGAAUCUACCAAAGACUUCAAAAUGCAGGGCUCACCCUUACCAACAGACCACCUAACAAACCCCGUUGUCCUCCCCUAUUGAAACAAGUUCGUUUAUGGUCAGUAGAAAAUGUUAGCUAAUUUUAUAUGGGAUCAGACAAAUAUUUAUUUAGUUUUUAAAAAAAAAAAGGUUAUUAAACUAGUUAUAAAAACAUUUUCUCUUCACUUAUAUCACCAAUGUUUACAAAUCUCAAUGCAUUAAGUAUUUAAUUUUUAAUGACACUACAUUCCACCUGUCAUGCUUCUCUAGUAGGUUUUAUAUUGUAAGCUUCAGUCUCUUUUUGAAACUGUACAUACAUUUGUUUAGCCAAUGUUGUAAGGUCGUGUUCAGACCUAAAUGAUUAAGAGAACAUUUCAAUAGACAGUGACCAAAAGGUGGACCUGUAUAACAUAUCUUCAUUAAACUUACAUGUGCAGCUUUUUUAAAAGUGUCUUCAUGACCUACUCAGUGUGUUCUAGACCCCAAUACAUUUAUGGACCUUGGUGUUCUGUGGAAACAAUCAGCAGUUUAAAAAUGUUAAGCCUUUGUUCAUAUCCAAACUCCAAACCCUAUGCUUGGUAUUUAAGUGUUUUAUAGUACUCAGUCACCAUGCUUUGUCUGAUAUUGCAAUAUAUACUGAAUGUUUUCUUAUGUGUUCAUAUAUUAUACAGUUUAAGACACAUUUUAUGUUGAUAAAAUAACUAUUAAAUGUUAUAUCUAAAUACACUGAUGAUUUUUAUACUAGUUCAUUAAAGUGAAAGAACCUCAGAUUUA